CUGUUUCUGAGACAAUCGUGGUCUCAGCUCCUCACUUUCCUAUCUUAAACUAGGAUUUAACGGAAAGAAAUCUAGCCGAGCCCGUUAGAGCACCCGUCACCCUUCACCCUUAACCCUUACUUACCCCACAUAGACGGGCCUGAGCGACUAUCCCGAAGUAGCCGAUUAACGUCAACCUCAACUGAAGCCAUAAUCUGGAAACCAGUUCUCAGUCCGUCAACCGCAGGCCCAUGCCCACGAGUACUCGAUGCUCACCUCGUUAUUUCGGUCGCAGUUAAACCUUGAGCAGGCUCAUCAACUGCAGCCGGGGCAGGCAGUGAUGCAUGCCAAGGCCUGGGAGGGGAACUGAUCUAAGCUGUCACAAACAGUGUUCGCUCCGAGUUCUCGAUGCCGAGGGCGAUUCCACCACCUCAAAUGUCUAGUCGCACUAUACCCACGCGCCAAAAGGUUGACACGGACACAAUUCAGGUCUUCCAGGAGAAGGCAGAUGUCCCAACGACCGGCCAAACACGGUUGUCGCAAGGCCAAUUGGAGUGCAACACCACUACGAUAGAUACCCCACAAACCGAUGACGAAGAUGAUACACCAGAGAAGAAGCGUUCUGGAGGCGUUCCUUCAAGUGUCGAUGUAGAUGACUCCGAAAUUGACUCUCCCCGCUACUCGGACGAUAUUCCCAUACUCCAGCGAAGUGAUGAGGUUACUCCAGACAGACACGCCAAGGUGUCUGGGUUUACAUUUGACGAGCUUGUCGAUCGCCUGUUAAGCCAGCCUAUGUCGAAGGCAGAUUCGAAUUUUACGGACGUAUUCCUGUGCAUGUAUAGGAAGUUUGCGUCUCCCGGGAUGUUACUGACUGCCAUUUUGUCCCGGUUGGAAAAAUCUACGAGUGAGAAAGGUCAACAUUUCCUGACCCGAACUACCGUGCAGCUUCGGAUCAUCGCUGUCCUUACGAAAUGGAUUUCGCAGUAUCCAGGCGAUUUCGCCGCUCCGCAGACGAAUCAGAAGUUCAGCGCUUUUGUCGAGCAGAUUUCCACUGAACCAGCUUUCAAUUACGCCGUUCAAGAGAUGAGGACUAUGCUUCGCUUUCACGUCGUGGAAGAUGACGAUACUCGAUGGGCGAAGAGUGAUCUAGAGGUAGACUCUGACGUGGAGGAAGUCAACGAACUUGUCCCAGUCACAUCUUCCACGACGCGCAGCUCACGGAGUACUGAUCCGAGCAAGAACACUAGCAAUGUAUCUCUAGCUGAUGAGAAGAAUUCCAGACGAGAUCGUCGACAUUCCGAGACCGUAUCAGUAACGUCAAGUGAAGCUGCGCCAGCAGCCGGUGGCCAACCUUCAUCCUUUCAUACAGUGAGAGAUUAUGAAAUUGAGGCUGCGACCUUCGUGCCGUCAAGAAAGCACCUACUAACGAAGCUCCUGUACCAUAAUUGCAUGGAGAUUUCGGACGAUGAUUUCGCAGACGAAAUCACUAGAAUGGAUUGGAUCAUGUUUUCGUCAGUCCGCGUACGAGAUCUGGUUCGUGAUGUGAGCCUUUCAGCAAAACAAAAGGCCAAAUGCAAAAGCCUCGUCAAUGUUACCCGCGCCAUCAACCAUUUUAAUCAUGUGGCAUGGUGGGUGACCAACUUGAUUCUCUUGAGAGACAAGGCAAAGCAUCGAGCGCAGAUAUUGGAGAAGUUCAUGCGUAUCGCAUGGAAACUAAGGCAGAUGAACAACUAUAAUGGCCUGGCCGCCGUUAUGGCGGGGAUUCAGAAUACGGCAGUUGGACGGCUCGCGCAGACACAAGCCUUGAUAAGUGAUGAAUGCCGGAAACAGUUUAUGAGACUCGAGAUAUUGAUGGGGGUCCGAAGGAGCCAUUUUGCCUAUCGACUGGCCUGGCAAAAUUCAACGCUGCCACGGAUACCAUAUGUGCCUCUGUCCCGACGUGACUUGGCCUCGGCGGACGAAGGAAGCAAGACCUUUGUAGGGCCGAAAGGAGACCGUAUCAACUGGUCAAAGUUUGAGGUAUUUGGAGGUGUCAUACUGCCUAUUAUGAAGAGCCACAGUACACCUGUGAUUUUAGAGAAGCAUGACAAUGCAAGGGAAAUCAUUUUAGACUGCUUCAUUUCCGCCGAUGAGGAUGAGAUACACAACCGAAGUACAUCACUAGAGGCUAGCACCACAGGUACCGAUCCUGGGAGGAGGAACAGGUUUCUUUGGUCUCGAAGUUUCAAUCAAUCAGUUAAUUACUAACUGAACUUAACCAAAAUCAUGGCGUAAGUUAAGCGGGAGUACGGCGCAAGCAGGGACGGGCACAUCUUUCAAGCUGCCUUUUAGCUAAAUUUAUCUUUAUAUCAACUUCACUUGGUUAACUUAGCAUAUCUAAAAUGAAGCGGGUAAUUAGUUCAAUCAUUGUGGUGCGGCCUAAAACUGGCAAUUAUUAGGUGCACAAUAUCAAAAUUUCCAAUUAAGAAACCAACCACAGUUAGCGUUCUCGGGGCUAGGCGUAUAUUCGUUUGUGCGAAUGCAUUUAUGACUGUAUAAGUUGUGAUCUUUCUUUGAUGGUCAUGUACGGUUCUCAUAGUUAUUCUUUACUCGUUGCGUAAUGUUAACUAUACUAUUCUUUGGAGUACUAAUAGUAUGUUUGUUAAGG